AACACGAUUAUUUCAACAAUGUUUGUAUUUACUUCCGAUUAAAAAAAAAACAUAUUUCUUCAUCAUCUUAUGCAAGAGCUUAAGAACUUCCGGGUCGUCCAGAAGAAGCCGGAAGAGAACGAGGACGGCUCGAAAGAUGGCGGCGCACACGCAGAAAAACAACAAACCGGGGAAACCUCCGGGGAAAGCUUCGGGGAAAGAGGCUCAGCCUCUGAUAAUUGCCAAAAGCCCGGCAGAGGAGCAGCGUCUUAAGCUGGAGAGGUUGAUGCGGAACCCUGACAAACUUGCUCCCAUCCCGGACAGACCGAGGGAUUGGAAACCGCGGGCUCCACCUGAGUUCGUCAGGGACGUGAUGGGCUCCAGUGCCGGCGCGGGCAGCGGAGAGUUCCAUGUGUACCGACACCUGCGCCGCAGAGAGUACCAGAGGCAGGACUUUCUGGACAAAAUGUCCGAGCAUCUAAAUAAGGACGACGACUACCUGGAGAAGCUGGAACAAAACAAGCAGGCUGCCGACGACAGAACGGCCAAGCGCAGGAAGAAGCGGGAGAAGUUGAAGCAGAAAAAGAUGAAGGCAAAGAAAGCAAAGCUUGAAAGUAAAAAUAAGAAUGGAGAUGGAGACGAGAAGAGCUCAGACAGUAGUGAGGAAGAGGAAAAGAAGAAGGAGGAGGAGGAGGAACCAGAAGCUGAGGAUGAUGCGGAGGCCCCGAGCUUCAUCAUGGGGAAGAAAUGACUCUGUCCAGACAUGGAAUUGGUUCCUGGCAUUACACAAGUGAUGCGCAUAUAAGAGAAACAAAAACACAAACGAAUUGAUGGACUCUAUUUUACCAAUGGAACGAUUUAAUAAACAGGAUAAUCCUACUGCAGUGUUCAGUGUCAGAAACAUGAGAUUCUUCUGAAUCUUCAUGAUUUACAAAAACAGUGUCAGUAGAUCAAAUGUGUAGGGAUUCCUCUAAUUCACUACAUGUCUAAAAAAUGUUGGUUAAUUUUGGAAUCCUCUGUCUUUUACUCAGUGUUGUAUUUUUUUUUUAAUAAAAAAAGACUGUACAUAAUA